AUGGGCCGAUUAAGCUAUCCCGCGGAUUUGGAUAGUCCGUCAAAACAGUUACUCCUGGACCUGUCGAGAGAUCUUGAACAAUUCCACAUCCACAGCAGCGAGCUGAAGCAAGUGAAGGCAUGGGAGCGCAAGACUUUCUACGAACGGCUCGACCGCAUCGACAGUGAAUGCGAAGCCAUACACUAUGCCGCCCUCGACAAGGUUGCGGCGCGCCAUGACCAGGUGCGGGAAGAAGCGCAGGAAACUCUACGGGCCCACCAGCGGGCGGUAGAGGAGGAAAAGCGGCGCAAGGAGGAAGAGGCCCGUCGGGAAGCCGAGCGCUUGGAACGCGAACGAGCCGAAAAGCUACGGCGAGAGCAAGAGGAGGCCGCGCGACGCGAGGCGGAGCGAAAGGCGGCGGAAGAGGCAAAGAGGAAGGCCGAGGAGGAAGCGGAGAAGAAACGGAAAGCCGAACAGGAAGAGAAGGAGCGAAAAGAAAAGGAACGAUUGGAAGAGGAAAACCGAACGCGUCAGGCAGAGGCUCAGAAGGCGGAACAAGAGGCUGCACAGCGAAAGGCGGAAGCCGCGCAAAAGACGCAAGCCGAACAACAAAAGCAGAUUGGUGGCGGCCGCCAGACCGCGGAAGAGACCAAGGUGCAGCUCCGCUAUGUCGAGCUUCACCAGCACCUGAAGAAGUUCCGACAGUAUCUGAAAGACGAGAGCAAGACCAAUGCCGCCGUCAAGCAGAACAUGGGCGACAUCCGUCGGUCGAUCAAAAAGUGUGUUGGUCAGCUGCGAGAAGGUGCCGGAGCGAACAAAACUCAGCUCCAAGAGAUUCGCUCGUCCCUAGAAAAGGCUGCCUCGAUCGCGGAACCGUCGGUGGAUGUGCGGCAGUUCUUUGCAUUCCCUCCGGCGGACAUUGCCAACUCGGACGACAACAAGGUCCCGGCUCUCUUGAUCUACGCCCUGAACAUCUUCUCCAAGUGCUUGGUCUCGGCUCUCAUUACGGAGGCCUCCAUCAACCACGGCCAUGCGGAACCGAUUGGCAUUGUGGCUGCACAGAUCUUCUCGAUGGAAGCGUUCAUCUACAAGGGACACCAGAUGGUCGAUCUUCUCUUGGCCAAGUAUCGCGUCGUCUGUCCGGCGCUCUGGGGAUUCUACGGCAACGAAAAGACGGAAGCGGGCCGACGAGCGAUCGGCUGGUGGCGGGACGGCCCCGAUGGCCCUUUCAUCACCGAACAAGCCCAUGCCGACCGCAUGACCGCGCUGGGGGCUGGGUUCGCGGCGCUGACGUUGCGCAACUUUGGCAAAACCCAGCGUCGGAACCCCUUUCCCAACACCCUGUUUUGGUAUGCGAUGCACAAGAUCCUCACGGUCCCAACGGAUGAGAUUCAAGAAACACACAUCACUCUGUUGUCCGCGAUGCUCAAAUCUUCUGCCGAGCGGAUUGUCGGCUUCUUCGGCCAUAUGGGUCUGGCGUUGAUGCGACGGGCGAUCGUCGAGUUACCCAACCGCCUCACCCGUCAGAGCAUGGGUGUGAACCAAUUAAAACUCCUGAAAGAUCUCUACCGAAAAGAGAAGAACAUCCUCAUCUGA